UUCUUUUUUUCUCUUUUCUCUUUUUUUUCUCUCGAAACAAUAUGGCAAUUUAUUACGUUCUUACAUUCGGUAUUUUGGUCACUGAAAUGAUCUUAUUUGGCCUUUUAGUGCUUCCUUUACCUUCCCGUUGGCGUCACCUUUCACUUAAAUUUAUCUCAACUUCGCCUGCUAUGGCCAAGGCUAUGUACGUCUUAAAGAUUGUAUUUGGAUUUAUUUUCAUCCUUUUUAUUGAUACCAUCAAUCGUCUUCAACGUAUUGAGUCUGAGGUGGAAGGAGAACAACACCACCAUGAUUAUUCUUAUGAGACCAGCAUUAAAGCUAAAAGAUUUUAUGCUCAGCGUAACCUUUACUUGACUGGCUUUACCUUAUUUUUAUCCUUGAUCUUGGAAAGAACAAGUGCUCUUGUCUUGGAAUUAUUACAACGUGAAGAAGAUUUGAAAAAGGCCAAGACCGAAACAACUGAAAUUACUAAAGGUCAACAACGUUUGAUUAACAUGGAAGACGACUACAAGAAACAGAUUGAUGUAUUGCAGGUUCAAAUCAAGGAAUUGAAGCGACAAAAAUUAGACUAUGAAACUCUGAAGAAACAAGCAGAUCAACAACAGAAAGAAUAUUCCAGAUUGGCUGAUGAACACAACCAACUUAGUCAAUCCAACGAAGCUAAAAAAGACAAAUAGUUUC